GAAGUAAACUGCGGGACUGCAGGAAAAGAUUAACUUACACUCACAGGUGUGGACUGAGCUAGGGGAGGAACUUUAAGGAAUGACGACGCACUGGAAACCAGCAGAACAGUGAUCUGAAACAUAACGGUUCCGGUACCGAAGACUCGGGGAAUAAUUAAAGUGUUCAUGAGCUCAAGUUCACACGCUGUACCAUGGAGAAGUACGAGAAGCUGGCUAAGAUUGGCGAGGGCUCCUAUGGAGUGGUGUUUAAAUGCCGGAACAAGGAAACAGGCCAGAUAGUUGCCAUCAAGAAGUUUGUGGAAUCCGAGGAUGAUCCAGUCAUCAAGAAGAUAGCACUAAGGGAAAUCAGAAUGCUAAAGCAACUAAAGCAUGUAAACCUGGUCAACCUGCUGGAGGUAUUCAGGAGAAAGAGAAGACUUCACUUGGUCUUUGAGUUUUGUGAGCAAACUGUCCUCAACGAACUCGACAAGCACCCCAGAGGGGUUCCUGAGGUCCAGCUGAAGAGCAUGGUCUGGCAGAUUCUUCAGGCUGUCAACUUCUGCCACAAACACAAUUGCAUCCAUCGGGAUGUGAAGCCAGAAAACAUCCUUCUAACCAAGACAGGCAUCAUUAAGCUGUGUGACUUUGGGUUUGCCCGCAUCCUGACUGGCCCAGGUGAUAUCUACACUGACUACGUGGCCACACGUUGGUACCGAGCACCGGAGCUUCUGGUGGGAGACACACAGUACGGCCCCCCGGUGGACGUGUGGGCGCUGGGCUGUGUCUUUGCUGAACUCCUUCUUGGAAGUCCACUGUGGCCUGGACGCUCAGAUGUAGAUCAGCUUUACCUUAUCCGCAAGACACUGGGUGACCUGAUCCCUCGACACCAGCAGGUGUUUCGCUCCAAUGCUUUUUUCAGUGGAGUCAGCAUUCCUGAACCAGAUACCAUGGAGCCCCUUGAGAAGAAGUUCUAUGGUGCUUCGCCUCAUGCCGUUACUGUGAUGAAGUCCUGUCUCAUGAUGGACCCUGCUGACAGACUGACAUGUGAGGAGUUAUUAGAGCUGCCAUACUUCCAGGAUGAGGGUGGACUUGGUUGGGGACGAGAAAGUGAUCGACCCAUGAGGCGCCAUGAGAAAGGUGCUAGACGCAGAGUGCCAGGGGCCCAGUAUUUGCCUCAACUUACCAGCAGCACCACCUCCCAGGCAUCUGAGCUAAAGAACAAGCACAAGCCUAAGUAUGACCACCAUUUGCCCAACAUUUAACUCUGAAAGAGAAAUAAAAAUGCUGGCACAUUAACAAGGGCAUUAGGGGAUUUGAAUUCAGAAUAUUUCAACUAAAUUUCUAUAACCCCUGUACAAAUUGUAGUUAUGAAGAACAUUGCAUUAAAUGGCACUGCCAUAAAGUUUGAUGUUGAUUUACUUUAAAUGGAAUUAGAUGUGUAAUUAAAGCUUUUUCAUAUAUUUUUAUCAUGUAAAAAUCUUGAUAUACUGUGCAAACAUUAAAUGGAUGUGACUAGUCAAUAUAUACUAAUAUAUCAGUAUGUUACUCAGUACAUUACCUCAUAUAAUACAGUACAUCAGCCAGAAACUUAGCAUGUGGCCUUAGUCAAAUUAUUACUAUGCAAUAUAAAUUGUAGCUCAUCUACUAGGUGUCUAUUUCUAGUCCUAGCUUGCUCAGAUUGGUGCCAAAUGUACUGUAUCAGGGAGUAGCAUAAUUUCUACUGCUCACAUUGCUCUCAGAAAACAUAAAUCAGUGCAUUUUAACAUGGAUGAAAGUUUGAAUUUUACAUGUUCUUUUUGGGGAUUCAGAGCCUUUUUUUUUAGGUUUUAUGUGUAACCUUUCUGAAAUCCUUUUUUUUUCAGCAUCUGUAAUUUUGUCAUGUCCCAUAGGUUGUGUGUUGCACUUAUACAAAAUGUUUAGCAGAAGUGGUGAGAAGUCUCUCUAAAACUCCCUGCCGUUUAUACAUGAUGAUUAUAUAUGUUAUGUAGAUCCAAAUAUUUGACUUAUUUAACAAUAAACAAAAAUGAAGUAAGAAAGAAAGAAAGAAAGAAAGAAUGAUGACAUUCUCAGGAAUUUUCACAUAAGUCAUACAACUUACAACAAUGUUACAAUAUUUUCUAAAACAAGUUUGUUUUUUAAUCUGUGGCGUGAUCACAUGGUAUUAUAACAAUACAAAUUAGCAUAUUCCAGAGUGUAUUAACAAAAU